CAUUUGAAAGACCAUGUAGAUAUGGACUCGAUCACUGUGAGAUAAUUUUGUCGCCCAAAAUUAUGCAUGAAUAGAAUUUGCUCGAUCGAAUUUGAAACCUCUUAAACUGUGAUACAAGGCGCAAAUGGGAAUGUUUACGAGUAUAUGUUGAGAGGAUUUUUGCUUAUUGUAACUGAUCGAUUCAAAGCUAUUGAUAGAUUAUUUGAAAAGAGAACUUAGCCGAGCAUUGAUCAAAUUCAACGUGAAUAGAGUAAUUGAUUUUUAUCAGGACAUCAGUUAUAUGUGUUCAAUAUUGGGAUACUUAAAUCUGUGCAAGACAGAAGUAGUAAUGUUUUCUCAAUAAUAUUGUUGUUGAAACAGGAUAACAAUUUAACGCGAUUUAUCUAAUGCAAACACAGAACUGAUAAUAAUCUCUGAAACACAGACUUGGAUUGCAAAACAGUAUUGCUUGACUGCGUGGCGAUGCUGUCAGCAGUAAAAUAACAACUGCAGCAUAAGGCAUCUACUGUAUCAUUUUACAAAAGCAAACGUUGCGAUAUUUCAUGCGAUUUGUUUCAUGAUGCCACGUUUCGCUAUUGUGAUGCGAACCAACAUAGAGAAACUGGAUGACAAGACGACUUUCCUUAAGAACACUUCACAAUACCUUUCCAAGAGGCUUGAAACCGAAGAGAAGAGCCUUUCACUAGAGCUACAGACGGGCGUGUGUAUCAUGCGAGGAGGCAGCAUGGAUAAAGCAUUCAACAUUGACAUCCAUCACAACACGGACAGCGUAGACAAGGUCACGAAAGUACAGAUAGCUGAGGACAUCGCAACGUUUAUAAACAAGGAGUUGAACAUCAAUAUUGACAAAACACUGGUGCUGUUCUUCGACACUCGAAAAUGCUCUUGAAAAUAGCUAUUGACUUGUAUUUUCGGCAUGAAUCUAAUAUUAUGAGAGUAUGAUUGAAGACAUAUUGUGGACAUAACCGAUGUAACAUUUGCGCAUUUAAUUAUUAUGGUCAGACUUUAUACUCCUUGUGUGUCACUUCACCACUUUGAAAGAAUCUAUGACAUGCACAAAAAGCCUAUUGAUGACUUUUUGUACGCCGAGUUAUUUUAAAAGCAUUGAAUUAAAUUAAUAGUCUUAAGUUACCUUAAUUGUCAUUUGUUGAAAAUACGCGUGUAUGGCUGAUAUGACUUAAUAUAUUGCCAUUUUAUUUUUCACAUAUUUAAAUAUGUUAUUUUUCGUUUCGCAUUCAUUAAAAGUAAUGAAGAUGGA